UCGAACCAUUUUUUCUCUCAUAUUCUUCAUAAUGUUCAAUUUAACAUUUUCUACAUGGUAUCAGCGAAAUUCAUUUCAAAUUCCGCAACCUUUCUCUGAUUUCUUCUCUUCUACGAUGGCGCCGCGUGGUGGUGGCGUUUUCAAUCCAAUCCAGCCGUCGGAGGACUUCUCUAGCCCGUAUUAUCUUCAUCCAAGCGACAAUCCAGGUCUUCAACUUGUAUCUCAUAUCCUUGAAGGCUCUAAUUACAUCAAUUGGAGCCGAUCUAUCUCUACUGCACUUUUGGCGAAGAACAAACUGGUUUUCAUCAAUGGAUCUCUGUUGAAGCCGCAGGAAGAUGAUCUUCUCUAUCAUGCAUGGAUUCGUUGUAACAGCAUGGUAGUUUCAUGGAUCAGAAACUCGGUAUCAUCUCAAAUAUGCUCGAGUAUCAUGUAUCUCGAUGAUGCGAAUGAAAUUUGGGUAGAUCUGCGAGAUCGUUUCUCUCAAUGCGACUCAGCUCGCAUCUACCAGCUCAAGCAGAAGUUUAUGUUCCUCAACCAAGGAGAUGAUGAUAUUAACACAUACUUCACUAAUCUUCGGAUAGUAUGGGAUGAGUACAAGCACACUCAGCCUAUUUCAUGGUGUGUUUGCACCACCUGCAGAUGUCAGAAUGCAACUAAGUGGCAUAAUCAUCAGGAAUCUGAAUGUGUCAUGCAAUUUCUCAUAGGAUUGCAUUCAUCCUAUUCACAAAUUCGUUCUCACAUUUUGUCUAUGACACCACUACCUUCUCUAUCCAAAGCCUUCUCUCUGAUUCUACAAGAAGAAAGGCAAAGAUCUCUUGGAGGAAUUGACUCUCCACGAUACAUUCAUACUCUACCACCUGCUCCAAGUGAGCAACCUUAUUCUGCAAAUACUUCUUCAUUCAAUCGAGGCAGAGUCUGCACUCAUUGUGGAAAGACAAAUCACACUGUGGAUAAAUGUUUUGUUCUUCAUGGAUUUCCACCUAGUUUUGGAAAAGGAAAAUUCAAGCAGAAUCCUAACUCCAGAGACUAUUCUACUCCAAAAUCUGUCAAUUUUGUUGAAGAUUCUUUGGCUGAUUCCAAUGAUAAGUCAUCUACUUCAUCUGCAAUGCCUACUUUUGAUCAAUGUCAACAACUGAUCACUCUCUUGCAGAGCCAACUUGCCACUGGAUCACCCUCUACUCCUGCAUCAGCCUCACUACAAAAUCAGCCUCCAGUUCAGCAAUCUUCCUCCCCUCAACAAUCUCCUUUCUCAGGAAGCUUCUCAGGACAUUGUGAUUGGGAAGGGUAGAAGGUUUGGGAAUCUUUACACACUAGAUGUGAAUUCUGAGCAAGAUGUCACCCACUGCCCCACUGCUCACUCAGUUCCCCUUACUUCAUCUACUCCUGUUUCCAAUCUUUCUUAUGCCAAUUCUGUUGUCUCUAUUGAUGUUUGGCAUAAACGUUUAGGCCAUUUAUCUUUUGGCAAGCUGAAAACAAUGUCACAAACUUUAUCUUUCUCAAAUAAAACUCAUUCAUUGUGUGAAAUUUGCCUCGGAUUGCGCUCUAUCUCUUUCUUUUUUUUUUCAAUUAAUGGCGGUUGCUCGAUUGAGAGCUUGAGAUCGUCGGGAAUUAGUCGUCAAUGGCGGAUCUCGUCGCCAAUGAAUUGGACAAGCGCUGGUGGUGUAGAGUGAUGUUCUCAUCACCGCUGAUGUACUCCAGAGCUCAUUUUUCCGCCCUCGCCACCACCGAUGCUUCGCCGGUGUGUUUCUCUCGGAGCAAUCUGUUCCUCUCAUAUUCGCCGGAUGAUUAUCUCAACUCCGACGCCUCCAUUUACUCCUCGUUGCUUCAGAAUUACACAAUCCGCAAGUCUAUGGAGAUUUCGCACCGCCGAUGUACUCUAGAUCGGUGAUUUCUAUAUCCUCUGAUUUCUAUAUCCUCUGAUCUCAAUUGAUUUUUUUGUUUUUUUUUCAAUUCCGAUUGUUCAUGUUUGGUGUAGUAUGUUGAAGUAUGGAGUUGUAUGCUCCGAUUUUCUCUAUAUUUUGUUCAUUGGAUUUGUAUGAUCCAAGUUUGUAUCUCUCCGAUUGUAUUCGGUUGAUUGUUUUUCGUUUUGAGAAUAUGUUUUCUCAAAUUUGUUGUUGAAUCUGAAUAUGUUUUCAGAUUUGUCUCUAA